UUUGCUUCUUUUUAUCUAAACAAGUUUAUUAUAAUAGUCUUGGAAUGUUGCAAGGGUCCAAGUCAUACUAAUCUAAAACAAUUAUGUUCUUUGCAAAAUUUACCUCAAUUAAUGGGAUUUUAGCUUUUCCAGUUUGCCUUAACUUACUAGGAUGCCAUGCUAUUCCAUUACUUCAAAGUCUAUGUGUCCUGUUUUCCUGUUCAGUUCCAUAAUACUGUGACAUCAUGAUGUGAAAUUAAAAUCCUUGGUAGAACAGUAAAAUAUAAUUCCUUCCUCAUUCUUUGCGGAUCUGGACAAAUGGAACAUGCUGAGUGGUGGAACUAAUUUUUUGAAGUAAAACGUGUAACCAAGUCUGUUGAUUCCUGGCAAGUCAAUACUGUGUUGGGCAAUACUUGUAUUAAUAAGUACAACUUACCUAGUCACCUAUAUUAGUUUUUUUCUAUAUGCUUUUUCCUUGUUUCUUCAACUGUACAAUAUUAAUCACAUGUGGACACCUUCAUAUGCCUGAUAAAAUCACUCCGCUUUGUGUUUUAUGAGUUCUUGGGGCUAGAUGGCAUCUGCUGGUCUAAAACCAGGGGUGCCUGUUAUUCUGCGGGAACUAGAACCAUCCUCAGAGAUGUUCAAGCAAGGAGCAUCUCUUCGAGUCACAGGAAUCCUUCAGGCAUACGAUGUGGACUCUGCAACUGCUAUCAUUCAAGAUGGCAGUGUGAGCUUGAAGGUUGACACCCAAAAUCUGAGGGACAUCAGUUUCCGCACGAAUUCGGCAUACCAGUUCAUUGGCGAACUGCUGAUCCAUGCAGAAAAUGAGCAAGGCUACACCAAUUCUCCGCAGGCGAUUCUACAAGCGCGCAUAGGAAGGAACGUCGACGGCCUUGACCUGAACCUUUACCAGCAGUCUCUGCUCAUCCGACGGCAACACGAAGCCAAGCUACGCAACUCCAGGAGAGCGUGAUCUGUUGCCGUGGAACCAGGCACAUGUUCGUCGCGGUUCAACUCCUUCGCUUGGCCAGAAUGGAUCUGCAUUUGUACAUGAGAACAGAACUGGCCCGUCUAGAGAAUCUGAUGAUAACAGUUGAUCGACCGAGAGGCUCUGCAUAUUAUUUCAGGGACCUCACAUAUCUGUUUCUGGCUGUUUGUGGUUUGGCCUUUCUCUUGCUGCCUAAAGGGCUGCCUUGGCAUGUGUGCAUAUCUGAUUGCCAUGAUUUUAUUGGAGCGUGUACAAUUUCAAUCUCAGUUAUUCAGA